ACCAGUCAGCAGACACACACUGAACUAAACCGGCGGCGGCUCGCGGAGGAGGAGGAAGAAGAAACCGAAUUUCUCCAGCGACCGACACGACGGACACACACUCUGUACAUGCUACACACACACACACACACACACACACACACAUACAUAUAUAUAACACACGUCUCACACACGGACACACGCGCGGACCCACGCCAGGAAUAGACCGGAGGAAUGAACGCAGCGGCGGUUACGCAAGGCGGCGGGGAGCCGCAGGGGGCGGCGGGGAGGCUCCGGUUCCAGCGGCCGCACGGGUGAACCAGUCUGUUGCUGAAGGAGCUUCUUAAGGAGUUCACAGUCUGAUGCAGAGGCUGGGAGGAGUUUCUGAUGAUGGAAGACAGUUUAUCCAGAGCCCUCAUCUCUCCCACCACCUCCAUGGAGUCCAGGGAUCAGCCACAGACUGAGCUGCUCUUUUUAUCAGUCUGUUUAGUCUGUUCUUAUCACACUCAGAGCAUCCCCCUCCCCAGCACACCACUGCAUAGAAGACCAUGGAUGCAAUCACAGUGUCAUAAAAGGUCUUCAGCAGUGUCCUGCUCACACCAAAUGAUGGGAGUCUCCUCAGCAGCGUCGGUCCCUCAGUUCACCAACUCCCCGACCAUGAUCGUGAUGGUCGGACUGCCGGCUCGAGGGAAGACCUACAUCUCUAAGAAGCUCACCAGAUACCUGAACUGGAUCGGAGUCACAACCAAAGUGUUUAACGUCGGACAGUACCGUCGAGAUGCGACUCGAUCCUACAACAGCUUCGAGUUCUUCAGACCCGACAACGAGGAGGCCAUGAAGAUCAGAAAGGCCUGUGCCGUCGCUGCCCUCAAGGAUGUGUGCGACUACUUCACCAGGGAGAUGGGCCAGGUGGUGGUUUUCGAUGCCACUAACACCACUCCAGAGCGCAGAGACGUCAUCCUGAGCUUCGCUAAAGAGAACGGCUACAAGGUGUUCUUCGUGGAGUCGAUCUGUGACGAUCCAGAGAUCAUCGGCGAGAACAUCAAACAGGUGAAGCUCAGCAGUCCGGACUACGUCGGCUGCGAUAAAGAGGAAGCUGUGGCCGACUUUUUAAAGAGGAUUGAAUGUUACAAACUAACAUACGUUCCUCUGGACGACAGCAAAGACCGGAGCUUGUCCUACAUUAAGAUCUUCAACGUGGGCAGCCGCUACCUGGUCAACCGGGUCCAGGACCACAUCCAGAGUCGCAUCGUGUACUACCUCAUGAACAUACACGUCACGCCCAGGUCCAUCUACCUGUGUCGCCAUGGCGAGAGCGAGCUCAACCUGGUGGGUCGCAUCGGUGGAGACUCGGGGCUGUCGGUUCGCGGCGCUAAGUUUGCCAGCGCUCUGGGCUCCUACCUGCGAGGUCAGGCCAUCAGCGACCUGAAGGUCUGGACGAGUCACAUGAAGAGGACCAUCCAGACGGCUGAGGCUCUGGGAGUCCAGUAUGAACAGUGGAAGGCUCUGAAUGAGAUCGACGCUGGCGUCUGUGAAGAGAUGACAUACGAGGAGAUCCAGAAGAAUUAUCCAGAGGAGUUUGCCCUGAGAGACCAGGACAAGUACCGAUACCGCUACCCCAAAGGAGAGUCCUAUGAGGACCUGGUGCAGCGCCUGGAGCCGGUUAUCAUGGAGCUGGAGAGGCAGGAGAACGUCCUCGUCAUCUGCCACCAGGCCGUCAUGAGGUGUCUGCUGGCUUACUUCCUCGACAAGAGCGCGGGUGAGCUGCCCUACCUGAAGUGUCCUCUGCACACCGUCCUCAAACUCACCCCGGUCGCCUAUGGUUGUAAAGUGGAGUCGGUCUUCCUCAACAUCGAAGCCGUGAACACGCACAGAGACAAACCAGUGAACGUGGACGUGGACCGAGAGCCGGCCGAGGCUCUAGAGACGGUUCCUGACCACAUCUAGAGGACUCACAGCAGCCUGACCGGACGGAAAGUGGCCUUUUCCGUUUGUUUUUUUUAAUUUAAGUAAUUGUAGAGAUUAUUGUUGUUGCUGGUGUGAAGCAAGAAAGCUUCACAGUGUUGAAAAUAAGACUUUUUUUUUUCUGAUGGCAGCCUACUUCCAUUGUAAAUGCACUUUAUAAUGCAGGGCCAAGGCCAAAUGUCUGGAAUGAAGCUGAGGAUUCUUUUACUGUGAAAAACUACUGGCUUGUCUCUACUUCCUGUUGUUUACUUUAAUCCAACCCUAGCAACAUGUUAAGUCAGUCAGAUCUCAACUUGCUGUGUGGAUUUAUGGUUUUUACAUUCAAACGGGUUCAACAUUCAGGUACCCAGAUGUUGCUGGUUAACCAGGUUAGUUGACCAGCUGGUGACUGAAGCCCCGUUCAGACAUGUUUUCUGUUAAUCUGAUGGCAACUAAACGUGUUGGCUACACGUCUGAGCGGACGUUCUGCUCGAUUUAUCGUGAUGGUCGUGCCAGAAAUCUUACUAGAUCAGAUCUAGUAGCACUAACAGACCAACUGUAGUCAGAGUUUAGCUUGUUGCUUCUGGUUGUUUAGGACUGUUUCCUCUGAGUUUGUUAAAUAUCUUUAGCAUCAUAUGAGCGUCUCCAUAGAGAAAUAACUCUGGAGCAACAGCGCCGGUAACUUGAUAACCUUUUUAGAAAUAGAAAUAUAGAAAAUAAUCCUUUCACAUCUGUUAUUUUUGUGUCAAAAUCACAGUUUGGUGUCGCUUCCAGUUGCUUAGAACUGUUUCUUCUGAGUACCAACAGUACCAGUAACUUUUUUUUUUUUUUUUAGAAAUAUAAAUGACCCUGACAUGGAGAUGGGAUGAAGUCAAACUGUACUUUUAUUGACAUCUGACAUUUGAGCAUCUCACAGAAUCAGUUUGGCUUGUUGCUUCUGGUUGUUUAGGACGGUUUCUUCAUCAGCGUCAGACAGCAGUGGGAUCUUUCAAAGCGUCUCCAAAGAUAAAUAGUUCUUAUACAUAUAUAUACUUCUCUGACAUGAAAGUUUAAUUUAUUUUUUUUAUUUUUAUUUUUUUAAACAUUGUCGAAUGGGGCCUAGAAUCUCCAGUGUUCAGGAAAUCUUAAACGAUCGGCUGUUGGGUGUUUGGACACUUUGAGAAGCUGCUGUUAGCUUAAAUUUGGGCGUUUGUUUCUUGUUACGUUAUCAUGUUUUAUACGACACCUGAUGUGUUGUCUAAUCUCAUGUGAACAGCAAAUAUUGCGUCCGUCUCUGUGGUGGUUUUGACAUAAAAUUGAUGUCCGUCUGACUAAAUGUUGUCACUUUAACAGAUCGAAGCUGGUAAGAUCUCAUGUCUCAUGUCUUCGCUUAAACGAGCCUUAAAGGAACAGUUUGACAUCCAGUCCAGUUAGCUUAGCGACUUUGACCAUGUGCUGCAGCUUUCAUAACAGACUGUUGCAUGAAGGUCUUUGCACCUUGAACUUCCACCUUCUGGCUCAUAAAUCCGUCACGUUCAAGGCCAAAAACAAAACUGUGAUCUGGAAUGCAAAGGUCGGCCGUCGUGUUUUUACUCCUGCCAGACGCCGCCACAUAUUUUCUGCUGUGCAAAGGAUGGUGGGGCAGAAAAACAUCCUGGCAACUGGCUGCUGCUCGACAUUCUGGUAUUUUUAGACGUAGCGUUAGCUGGACUACAGACAGAGAGGCUUCAGAGCCACAGAAAUACCGAUUUUAAACUGUGGAAAUGGCUAAAAACAUACAUAAAAUCCAAAAGAUGUGAAAUAAGAUGCGAUAGUCAAUCAACUCCUGGGUCCUUCCAGAAAUGGAGGACAUUUGAGCUUUAAAAUGUUUGAAAAAUAAACCAGUUUUCUGCUCCAUAUUGAUCAAUAAUGUUAUUGACUGGCUCAGCUUACACAUCAGUGGUAGCAUUUUUAUUCCAUGUUUUGGUGUUUGCUGACUCUACUCUAAUCACAGUAACAGGGUUGCUAAUCCAUGCUAUUGAAAAUGACAGAAACCGACAAAAACAAGACGGAAAAUGACAAACGAGACAGAAAAAUGACAACAGACACCAAAAACAACAAAAAUGAGACAUAAAACUAUCAUUAUAUCCUGUUAGCUUAAUUAGCGCUACAGCUAACGUUUAUUUCCAUCAUUUCAAUUAAUCAAUUAGCCGUUUGGGCUCUAAAUUGUCCGAAAAUGGUGAAAAACGUCGACAAAUGUUUUAUUUUGUUGUCAACCCAAAGAUCUUCAGUUUACUGUCGGAAAAGAAACUUGAAAAUAUUUAUUCUACACAUAAUUAAGUGCAAUAUAUUUUUGACGGAUUUUAUUUAUUGCGAUGUCUCGACUACAGAUCAGUUUUAGAGUUAAAACUGGAGUUUCUUCAUUCAGAACAGCCGAUUUCUGCCUUAGUGGUUUUACUGCCACCAAAUGUCAAAUAAAAUGAAACCAUCCGGGUUUAAUUAGCAGCGGUGGAAACAAACGAGCUGCUGGUGGGUAAAAAAACGCAGAAAUCUUCUUUAAAUGAACAUAUUUGACCCAAAAUGCUCAACUGUUUCCAAACUGUUCCUUUAAUGCUGCAGAUUUAACUGAACCUGUGACUAGUGCAGGUGUUGAGCUUCCAUCCACAUGCAAAAAAAAAAAAACCCCUCAUCUGAACACUAACAUUAGCAUGUUAGCUUAAAAGUCGAUAAGCAGACGAAUCAAACAUGUUGUUACUCACAUAAUGGAUGGAAAUGGGUUUUAUUUUGCUUUUUCUUUUGCCAAUGUUCCAUUUGCACUACUUUGGUUUGUAUAUUUCACAUGUAUUUUCCAAAUUUAGUGUCUUCAGUGCAGAAAAACAUCUUCACAGUUCUGUGGGCAGCAGCUGGGUUUCCAUGUUGGAAGGAAGAAUUUUUAACUUUUUGGGAAAUGGAGACAUGUUUUCCUGUAAAUGUUUGGGAUCUUGGAACUUUAUGUCCUUGGGUUUUAUCUUAAAACUCGUGAAAGUCUUUCUAAAUCCACUUGCCACCCUUAAAAUCACAUUAUAAUGCUGCCACCACCAUGCUUCUUGUGAUGAUGCUGCCACCACCAUGCUUCACAUCAUGAUGCUGCCACCACCGUGCUUCACAUCAUGAUGCUGCCACCACCAUGCUUCACAUCAUGAUGCCUCCACCACCAUGCUUCAAAUCAUGAUGCUGCCACCACCGUGCUUCACAUCAUGAUGCUGCCACCACCGUGCUUCACAUCAUGAUGCUGCCACCACCGUGCUUCAAAUCAUGAUGCUGCCACCACCAUGCUUCACAUCAUGAUGCUGCCACCACCAUGCUUCACAUCAUGAUGCUGCCACCACCAUGCUUCACAUCAUGAUGCUGCCACCACCGUGCUUCACAUCAUGAUGCUGCCUCCACCGUGCUUCACAUCAUGAUGCUGCCUCCACCGUGCUUCACAUCAUAAUGCUGCCACCACCGUGCUUUGUUUUAUGAUGCUGCUUCACAGUGGGGAUGGUGUGUUUGUGAACAUGUUUCGUAUUUGGUGUCCAUCAAACAUAUCAUCUAGUCUGACAGACAUAAAGCUCCAUCCUGGUCUCCUCAGACCAAAGAACCUUCCUCCAGGUGUCUUCAGAGUGUCCACAUGUCUUCUGGUGACUUCUAGUCCAAAUUUAAUUUGUCCAUUGUAACUCCUUCAGAGGAGUCAUAGAUGUCUUGGUGGCCGUACUGCUCCCAUAAUAAUUCAUACUGUGCUGGUUAAAAUCUAAGGUGCAUUAUUGUGAUUAAAAGUAUGUUCCAGCUCUACGAUACUACAGGAAACGGUACUUUGUGAAGACGGAUGUAGUUUAUUUUUGUUUAUUACAGCCAUGUCAUCAAUAGCGCCACCUUCUGUCCACACUGAGCAGUUUAUUAGCUCCAAAGUAGCUUUCAGAAACCAGUUUAUUUGCUUUUCAAAACAUUUUUGGCGACGUUUCAAGAGUUUUUUGGACGUUUCCAUGGAAACCUGGCUAGUUUUGCUUGCAGAGUUGCUGGUGAUGAAUAAAAACUCUUCAAAAGCUGCCGAACUCCUCCGAUGAACUGAAGGAUUCUGGAAGGAAUCAGGAGACAUUUGUCCCUUUAACUGCCCCAUAAACACCACAAUGUGCCUCAUAUAUUAAUAACAAUAAUAACCCGUGAUAAGUCUAUGCAGCAUCCACACAGCAGAUGUUCUAACAGAACCCUGACGAUCCUUCUGGUGCAAUACUUCUUCUUUUUUAGUGUUUUUUAAAGAAACCACGUCCACGUUAACCUGUUUCUCAUAGCGUGUUGUGAUCGGGUUUAUCCGGCCCACCAUGAUCGAGGAGUAUUUUGAAGCUCACGGCAGCUCAAAAGUCUUGACAUCAGAUCGUACACUUGAGCGUCUACACACUCCUAAACUCGACAGGGAGACGUUGGUGCGGCUCUUAGAGGGAAAACCAUCCUGCUACUCAAAAGAGAUCCAGCAGCUGCACAACAAACACCGAAAGCACUUUAGCAAAUGGAUGUUACAGUUACAGUUGGGAUUCAGUGUUCUGGUCUACGGCUUGGGCAGCAAAAAAGCUCUGCUGGAGGACUUCCGCGUGUCUCAUUUAUCUCAAGAAAUUCACCUGGUGGUCAAUGGAUUUUUUCCAUUUAAAUCAAAAAGUUGAAGAUUUCAGCAUCAGAGACUUUAAAAAAAAAAAAAAAACAUUUAAAAGGUCUGAAAACUUGAUUUUGAGUCGUUUAGGACAAGUUUCAAUUCACUUUCGAUGAAUUUUAGGCCUUUUUGGAUAUGUUGUUUUAUCCUUUUUAAAAUUUUGGAGACUUAAGUCAUUCUAGACUCAUUUUAAGUCCCUUUUUUGUCAUUCUGAAUAAGUUUUGUCCUUUUGAAUUGAUUUUGAGUUGUUUAGGACAAGUUUCAAGUCACUUUGGAUGAAUUUUAGGGUUUUUUGGAUGUUUUGUAUAAUUCUGAAUGUUUCGAAUCAUGUUGGACGCAUUUUAAGUCAUUUUGAAAAAUAUUACAUCAAAGACUAAUUUUAAGUCACUUCAGACAUUUAUUUGUCAUUUUGAAUACAUUUUGAGUAAUUGUGGACAAUUUUCAAUGAAUUUAAUAUAAUUUCUGAUGUUUUUUGGUCAUUUUUAACAUAUUUUGAAUCAUUUUUGGACACAUUUUAAGUCAUGAAAGACGAAUUUUAAAUCCCGUUCAGCUUUUAAUUAAUUUUUUUUUGCUGUUCUGAAUACGUUUUCGAUCCAUUUGAAUUUUAAAUUGAUUUUGGACAAGUUUCAAUUUGGUUUGGAUGAAUUUGAGGCUUUUCUGAAUGGUUUUUUUUUUGGUCAUUUUUAAUAUGCUUUGAGUCAUUUUGGAGACUUAAGUCAUUAAAGACAAAAUGUCAGCAUUAUUUGUCAUCCUGAAUUAGUUUGUGUCCAUUUGAAUCCACUUGAAAUUAUUUUGGACAAUUUAAGUAAUUUUAAGUUAUCUCGGACAUCUUUUUUUCACAUUUGGGACAUGUUUUGAGUUGCUUUGGAUGAAUUUUAAGUAAUUUCUGACAUGUUUAAUACAUUUUGAAUAUUUUUGGACACAUUUUGAGUCAUUUUAGAGACUUAAGUCAUUAAAGACAAAAUUUGCAUCACAUUUCAGCAUUUUUUUGUCAUUCUGAAUAAGUUUUGUGUCUAUUUGAAGAUAUUUUGGACAAUUUUCAAGUACUUUUGGAAAAUUAAGUCAAUUCAGACUAAUUUUGAGUUACUUUAGACAUCUUUUUUUUGUCAUUUUGGGCAAGUUUUGCGUUGGUUUUGAUCAAUUUCCAAUAAUUUCUGACAUUUUUUGUCAUUCUGAAUUCGUUUCAAGUCAUUUUGGACAGCUGUUUAGUCACUUCAGAUCAAUUUCAUGUAAUUUUGGAUAUGUUUUUGUCAUUUGGUAUGAGUUUUAAGUCAAUUGGGACAACUUUUUAGUUACUUUGGAAAGCUUAAAUCGUUUUGGACUUUUCAGAAAACAUCUUUUUGGACACAUUUCAAGUCGCUUAGGAUGAAUUUGAAGCCAUUUAAGCCUAAGUCUAGGCCACCCUUUUUUCGUCAUUUUAGCUAAUCUGAGAUAUUUUGGAAAACUGAAAUCAUUUUAGACAAAUUGUUGCAUCAUUUGGACUUUUUUCAAAUCACAUGGGACUAAUUCUGACCCAUUUCCAACGUUUCUGUCCAGCUCAGGAGCCUGCAGGAGUUUAGUCCGUGAUCUGUGAAUCGGUCAUGUAAAGAUUACUGCAGUAAUCGAUGGAUUCAUGAUACCAGGAAGCCCAGAUGUUUGUGCUCAUCGUAGUUUCAGUGUUGUUGCCUGAGGCAGCAAUAGAAACCCAACAUCCUCAGGGGAACCUUAUUUAAAACCAGAGAUGCCAGCAGCUCAGUGUAAAUAAAGGCCUGUUGUUCAGUCAGAACAUUUAAACUGUAUCUGUCUUUUUAAACUGCUUUUCUCUCGUCUGUGUAAAUGUGCAAUUGUGCCAGAGUUCAGUGGAAAUACUGAUUAAUUAAAUGUUUUAUUCUGUAAACUUGAACUGUUACCUUAAAGUUCACGCAAUAAAUGGAAAAAGUA